AUUUUUUUUUGAAUGGGAGCUCAAGAGUCAAAAUUUCUUUUCCGGCGUGGAAUUUUUCGUCUUUUUGAGGAAAGUAUUUCAGUGGACAAUGAAUAUUGGAGACAGUUUUGGACGCUCCCAGAGUCAGUAAAAGAUGUUUUUACACUUUUUUCAACACAAGAUAUCAUACGUAUUCGAGAUUACUCGGAAACAAAUAUAAGGACAUUAGUUUAUGUUGUGGCUUCAAAGCUUGUUUUUAUUAAGGAUGAAAUUGACAAGCCAGAAAAGAUGAAAGAAGCGUUAAAUUGUCUUCGUAUUAUAACGAGAGUUAUGCCUUUUAUUUAUGAGAAAGAAAGUAUGGAAGAAUGGGAAAACGAAACUUUUUGGAAUUAUAGAUGCCGAAAAAAAAAAUUUAAAUACUAUAAAAAUUCAAAUUUAACGCUAGAAGAGUCAAAUCUUUCUAAAGAUGAAAUUGAUUUUAAAUCACAUCUUAAAUAUACGAAAAUUAUUGUAAAUGAUAUAUAUGAAAAAGAAAAUGAUCCAGAAUAUGAGAUUUUGAAACCACUUGCCGAAGAAUUGCUAGAUACACUUAAUGACAUGCUUUUUUUUGCGGGUUUUACGAUUUCAGCAAAAGAAAAUGUCAUUCGGAAGAUAUCAUACUCUGUUUGGGAACCAGGUAUUGGUUGCAUAACAUCGACAAAAGCAACAACAGAAUAUGAAUUAAAUAGAAUAGAAGUAUUGAGAUGUAUUCUUUCAAUUAUUUCAAAAUCAAUUUACUUCUAUCCAAACAAACAAAAACCUAAUUUAUAUAUUAUUUAUUUGGUCACAAAUCCGGAUAAAAGAUUUAUUCUUACUUUUUUAUGUUCUCUUUUAAAUACAGUCAUAAACUAUAACCCUGCAAAGUGGCAAAUAUUUUACAAUCAUAUAAUUUCAUUAGAUUCUAAACAAUUACUUGUUUCUUACUGUCUUCAAAUUCUCUUGAUUUUUCUUGACUAUCAAAUUCCUUCAUUACUUGAUAUUGAAAAAAGUCAGACUAGCGAAAUUCCUGUAAAUAAAUAUUGCAUGUAUUUUGGGAAACUUCAUCAUAAAGAUGAUAUAGAAUUUCUUUAUAACGGAAUUAACAGGAUUUUAACCCAAUUCCUUCAUAAUGAUUCCUAUUUUCCUACUAUUGAAAAGCCUAUGAAAUAUUCUCCUGAAGUAAUAAUAUUACUUUGGAAAGUUUUUCAGAUAAAUAAUAGUUUUAAAGAAUAUUUAAUUGAUGACAAAAAUUCUUUGGAUUAUUUAGUAUUAUUAUUAUGUUAUUCAGUAAACUACAGGAAAGAAUUAUCAAAAUUUGGACUUAUACGGAUUUGUAUUUCAAUUUUACAAACAUUGUCUACAAAACCAAGUUUUUGCAAAAAGUUAAAUACAACUUUUGAACAUUACAAGAUUCUUCCCAUAAACAUAAAAAUAAUUUCUAAAGAUAAUUAUAUGGACUUUAUUAUUAUUUCAAUUUAUAUGCUUAUUAUGACAAGCAAAGGUGCUUUAAACUCUUUGUUACCUUAUAUGCUUUCUAUUUUGAUAAAUAUUGCGCCAUAUGCUCAGAAUUUGUCAAUUCUUUCAUGCACAAAAUUAAUGCAGUUAUUUUACUCUUUUUCUUCUUUUAAUUUUUUAUUAGCUAGUGAAAAUAAUCAUAUUUUAUUAGGAAAUCUCCUGGAAGUAUUUAAUAGAAUAAUUGAACACCAAAUGAAAAAAAAUCUGCAUUUAAUAUAUGCAAUAUUAAGAUCUUCAGAAAGGUUUGAAUUAUUAAAGAAUUUUACUUUAGAAAAAGCACUCAUGGAGCUUGGAAAGGAUUCUGAAUUUAAAAAAAAUGAAUUAAAUAAUCUUAAAAAUGAUACCAAAAAAUUCCAUAAAGAUAAUACAUAUUUUUCAGAAAAAAUACAAAUGCCUGAAACACCUUUUCAAAAUGAUAACUCUUCUUCUAUUAUUGAAAAUGAGGAGUUAAAUAAUGAAGAGGAAAAUUCAGAAAAUACUAUCGUAAAUGAUAAAUUAUCGAAAGGAAAAUCAUCUUUAUCAUUAAUAGGAACAUCAACUUCUGCUUCUGAGUUUCAUAAAAUAAACAAUUCUUUUAUUUCUGAAAAAGCUAGAGGAAAAUUACCUGAACGGCUAAAUUCCCCUUCAGAUUAUACUGAGACUGAUCCAUUUCAUUUUAAUACUUAUGCAUCCAAAAAUAUCUUGAAAACGAAAAAAAAAUUCAUACCAACAGAGGACUGGGUAAAAUCAUGGCAUUCUUCCCUUGAACUCGAUACAAUACUUACUAUAAUAAAACAACUAAAACCAAAAAUAAAUGAUAUAGCAUUUUCAACUCCAAAUCCUAAUAUUAUUUUAGAAGCUUUAUCUUCAUUAAGCAUUGAUUUUGAUAUAACUGAUACAGAGCCUAUCCCUUUUAUUCGUAAUGAUCAUACUUUAACUACAGUCGAAGGCCUAUUAUGGGGACAUAUCUAUGUAGCUGAGACUAAAUUUUCUACUGGUGCUAUUGGUAUAUGGACAGGUACAUCUAUUAAAUUAUUUAGAAUUCAAGAAACAAAACAUUCUCCAUCACUAUUAAGUCCUAAAGGUGCUGUUGAUGCCGUAGCAAAAUCUGUAAUUGACAAAGUUGGAAAUCUCAAUUUUUAUACUAAAAAAUUGUAA